UCAGUUGCAGCCUACAAUUCAAGUGUGCACCAGAAAAAAAAAACAUGAUAAGAGGGAUGUCUGGACAGUGAAUAUGGGGAGCAAAACCUUACUGGUACAUAAAGGAUUUUAGAAUGGGAAUACUGGAGUUCUUUUGAUCAGUGACAGCUGCAAGUGGAGUGUGUGUUUUUGUUGUUGUUUUUUCUCAUCACAAUGUGUGAGGGAUGGAUGUGGGUCGGAUGCCAGUUUAUUUUCUUUACGGAUACAAGGACCGGCAAGUUAUCAGCAUGAAUUACAGAGGGCAGAAAAACUGAUAUCAAUGUUAAAUUUGACUCUGGAGGGAGGACCAUGGCGAAAAGGAAGGGACUGUUAUUUCCACUGCUCUACUUUAUGGCAGAGUUUUGGCUCACUUCACAGCAAGUCCUGAGAAUUGGGGGCAUCUUUGAGACGCUUGAGAAUGAGCCCAUUAGUGUUGAAGAACUGGCCUUUAAAUUUGCUGUGACCAACAUAAACAGGAACCGGACCUUAAUGCCAAACACCACAUUAACCUAUGACAUCCAGAGAAUAAACCUGUUUGACAGUUUUGAGGCCUCAAGAAGAGCCUGCGACCAGUUGGCUCUGGGCGUUGGGGCUGUAUUUGGCCCCUCUCACAGCUCAUCUGUCAGUGCGGUCCAGUCUAUUUGUAACGCCCUGGAAGUCCCUCACAUCCAGACCCGCUGGAAACACCCCUCAGUGGACAACAAAGACAGCUUCUACAUUAACCUUUAUCCUGAAUACACCUCCAUAAGCCGAGCUGUGCUGGACAUAGUGCAGUACUACAAGUGGAAGACAGUCACUGUUGUCUAUGAGGAUGCAACCGGACUGAUUCGUUUGCAAGAGUUAAUCAAAGCUCCAUCCAGAUACAGCAUUAAAAUCAAGAUCCGCCAGCUGCCAACAGGAAGUAAAGAUGCCCGUCCUCUGCUGAAAGAGAUGAAGAAGGGGAAGGAGUUCUAUGUCAUCUUUGACUGCUCUUACCAAACAUCAGCUGAUGUUCUCAAACAGAUCUUGUCCAUGGGGAUGAUGACUGAAUAUUACCACUUCUUCUUCACCACACUGGACCUGUUCGCCCUCGACCUGGAGCCGUACCGCUACAGUGGGGUCAACAUGACAGGGUUCAGACUGCUCAACAUAGACAGCCCUCAGGUGGCCUCGGUGGUGGAGAGGUGGGCCAUGGAGCGACUGCAGGCUCCCUCCAAAGCAGAGACUGGAAUGAUGGAGGGGAUGAUGACUACUGAAGCCGCUCUGAUGUACGACGCCGUCUACAUGGUGGCUGCUGCCUCGCAACGCGCCUCCCAGAUCACUGUCAGCUCCCUGCAGUGCCACCGACACAAACCCUGGCGCUUUGGAUCACGCUUCAUGAACAUGCUGAAAGACGCACAAUGGAACGGCUUGACGGGACAAAUAAUUAUAAACAAGACAGACGGCCUGCGGAAAGAAUUUGAUUUAGAUGUCAUCAGCCUAAAGGAGGAUGGCUUGGAGAAGACAAUCGCAGGCAACAACCGCCUGAAUAAAGUGUGGAAAAAGAUUGGCGUGUGGAACUCCCAAACAGGCCUUAAUUUAACAGAAAACAACAAGGACUCAUCCACAAAUGUGACCGACUCAAUGGCUAACAGGACCCUCAUUGUCACAACUAUUCUGGAAAAUCCUUAUGUCAUGUAUAAGAAAUCUGAUAAGCCACUGUAUGGAAAUGAUCGCUUUGAGGGCUACUGCCUGGACCUGCUCAAAGAGCUCUCCAACAUUUUGGGCUUCUCCUACGAGGUAAAGCUGGUGUCUGAUGGCAAAUAUGGAGCACAGAAUGACAAGGGGGAGUGGAACGGCAUGGUGCGAGAACUUAUUGACCAUGUGGCUGACCUCGCCGUGGCCCCUCUCACUAUCACGUAUGUGAGGGAAAAGGUGAUAGAUUUCUCCAAGCCCUUCAUGACGCUGGGGAUCAGCAUCCUCUACCACAAACCCAACGGCACCAAUCCAGGAGUGUUCUCCUUCCUCAACCCACUGUCUCCUGAUAUCUGGAUGUAUGUGCUGCUGGCAUGCCUCGGUGUCAGCUGUGUGCUGUUUGUUAUUGCCAGGUUCACUCCCUAUGAGUGGUACAACCCUCACCCCUGCAACCCAGACUCAGAUGUGGUUGAAAACAACUUCACUCUAAUAAAUAGUGUGUGGUUUGGAGUUGGAGCACUUAUGCAGCAAGGAUCCGAGCUGAUGCCUAAGGCCCUCUCUACAAGGAUAGUUGGAGGAAUAUGGUGGUUCUUUACAUUGAUCAUAAUCUCCUCAUACACUGCCAACUUGGCUGCCUUCCUCACUGUGGAGAGAAUGGACUCACCAAUCGACUCUGCAGAUGACUUGGCCAAGCAAACAAAAAUAGAGUACGGUGCUGUAAGAGAUGGCUCUACCAUGACUUUUUUUAAGAAAUCUAAGAUCUCAACUUACGAGAAAAUGUGGGCAUUCAUGAGCAGCAGGAAAAACACGGCUUUGGUGAAAAACAACCGGGAGGGGAUUCAGAGGGUUCUCACCACAGACUACGCUCUUCUUAUGGAGUCGACCAGCAUCGAGUACAUCAGCCAGCGUAACUGCAACCUCACACAGAUUGGAGGCUUGAUAGAUUCAAAGGGCUAUGGAGUGGGAACCCCAAUUGGCUCCCCUUACAGAGACAAGGUCACCAUUGCCAUCUUGCAGCUUCAGGAGGAAGGGAAGCUGCACAUGAUGAAGGAGAAAUGGUGGAGAGGGAAUGGCUGCCCUGAGGAGGACAGCAAAGAGGCUAGUGCUCUGGGUGUGGAGAACAUAGGGGGAAUCUUUAUUGUGCUGGCAGCCGGACUAGUCCUUUCAGUUUUUGUAGCAAUUGGAGAGUUUAUUUACAAAUCCAGAAAAAACUUGGACAUUGAGGAGGUGAGUGUUGGUCAGUGCGAAUGGCACAACAAGUAUUAACACACUAGGGGACUCGAUUGAAGACUGCUAUGAACCUACUACACAUUUGUGUUGUCAGUCAUUGUUGUCUUCAGAGGACUACAGUUAUCACUGGGCCAACAAAAAUUUGAAGUCUGAAUGUGUUGAACUGCAUUGUUACAAUCAAAACAGAAAUACUUUUUAACGCAGAGUUUAGUGUUUUCAGUAGUUUGAUGUAGAGCACACGAACAUUUUAGUCUUAAUUGAAAAAACACAUUUAAACCCCUUUUUAUGAUGACAGAUGGUUGUUGACUUCUGACAUCAUGACACUUGAACAUCUUGGCCUUGCUGUUUUUCGCAAAAAACUGUAACAUUGUAACAUUGUUUUGUGUGGGAAAAAAUGUCAUUGUCAUGCCAUGAUACUGUGGGCAAGUGAUGGUAAGUGGUACCUUUUAAGGCAUGUUUGCCAUGUUAAUUUCAGCAACUGCAGUAGAUCUGAGAGUAUUCUGUUAUUAAAUGUUGCACAGAAACUUUGACAUAACAGCACUACUUCUUACCACUUUUGUAUGUACUCAUGUAUUUCAAAAAAUCUAGAUUUAUUCAAUGACGAUUGUUUCCAAUGUGUUUAUGAAAGAGUGCUCCCUCAAGAUGCUUGACACUCAGGCCAUCAGUUGCUUACUGUCUCUACUUUUGUUUUUUGUUUUUUGCUUUUUGUAUUAUAUGAAGUUCAUAAACAUGCAUGUAUAAGUUUUGUCAUGUUUGAAUUGUUUCAGAAUGACUAAAGUUAUGUGAGAACAUUACAUCCUUUAACCUUUUAUUUCUGGUUGUUUUGGUUUUGAUUGCUCCCUUUUUCUGCAUGCACAGCCUUUUCAUUAACUGGAUGGAGACGUUAUCACAAGCUUUUGAUUUCAUCCACAAAACUUUUGGGUUACGUCAAGAAGAUUUGAGGUCUUGUAAAACUACUAUGUCUUUCAAAUUGUUGCAUAUUUGAUUGUUGUGCUUCUUUUGAGUUCUCUUUCAAUCAUUUGUUUUGCCCAUUUCUGGUGAAUAAUUUUCAUCACACACUCAUGUUAUCAGAGAACAGGGGUUUUGACUUAAGUAACCUCACAUUUGCUUGUUAUUGUUGUUGGCCUGCACUGUAGAAAACCUACUUUAUUACACAUAUUUAUGUAUAUGCUUACAUACUACAAAAUAUAUCACCAAGGUCUUAUUUUUGGCAUACAUAGAUGUUGCUUGCAAGUAUUUCCAACUAACCAACUAUUGUGCAUUUACAAAUCACUUUGCCCACAUUCAUUCAUUGGUGUAAAGCAGUGUAUCCAGAAUACACUGUAAAGCAACAAAUCCUAGAGCAGUUAAGAUACAGAGAGAUGGCCUCUGGAUUCAAUGUUGAAGCGGGUGGUCAAAUAAGUCAUCACAUUGGCUAAAGACACAUGCCACAGGCUCAGCAGUAGCAUCUUGCACCCCUGAAUGACCUUUCUCUGCCUGCUUUCAGCUCUGAUCAGGCCCAUAUUCACUUCACUCAGGCUUAGACUUGUAAAUAACAUCCUCAUUAGGUAGUGGAUUACAAACACAUAUUAAACACUCCUCGUUUAAAAGUGUACGGGCCCUGUCACACAGAUUAGAAAAUCCUGCAGAUGUAAUGAAAGUCUUAUUCCCCCAAAUCUGACAGGUAAUACUGAGCCUUGCUUGUUUUGUCUCUACAUUAUAGGAUUUGUGUCACAUUCAGGAUGAUGUGACAGAAUUUCAGGUUUGAAAUAAUUAUGCCUAUGACUAAGGACAGUUGAGUGGGAUUCAUGAACAACAAUCAUUACCUCAAUUUUUAAACACUAUGUUUUUUCUUUGUUGUUUUUUUAAAGAGAUGUGUUUGUCCAAUGCCACAUCAUAAAUACCUACAGAGCAAAUGGAAAAGGUGAUGAUGAUUGUUACAGGGAUGAUUUUUGAAAGAUUUCUUGCAUUAUACAUACAGCAUUACUUCAAAAUAAUACUAAUUUGGAUGUGCAAUCCCAAACAUUCAAUGAGAAUCCAAUGUUAGUGUUGCAUUCAAUGUCAGCAAAGCAUCGCCAUUAUGCACAUAAUGACAUUGCAGUUUUGAUUAUCAGAUUUGUAUCACUGGAGAACAGAUUUUAAUAUCCAAAAGUUAAUGUUCCUGCCACAAUUUGAAUGUAAGAUUUAAAUUCAAGUAGUUUCAAAAGACACAUACAAGAGAUUUUGACAUGAAAUCAGGACUCAUCUUCUGCGAAUUUUAACUAUUCAGGUACCACCAGUGUGUAAAUACAGCAAAAAUCAUACGAGAGAUUACAAGUUUACAUGAAUGGCAAACACUCUGUUCCAGUUUUUUUAGAGUUGUCUCACUGACAUAGUAUGAUGCCAGUUCAAAAUCAAACAAUCAACUGGAACUCUACUGUGAAGUUGAAGAUGUUUUUAAGGCCAAUUAAUUGCUUGAUUUUUACCUGACAACUGUUCAGUGUUGUGUCUUUCCUUUUUUGAACCACACUUUGCUUCUACAAUUUUAUCCAACAUGUAUCCUUUUUUACAGUUGAUUCCUUUCAGUGCUGUGAUGGAGGACCUGGGUAUGUCUUUAAAGUGUCACACGACAAUGACAAGAAAAAUCCAAGCAAACGGGAGGGCAGGAUUUCACAGUAUGUUCCUUUGCCAUACAAAACACACCUUAAGAAAAUAAACAGUCUGCACCUAUCAA